AUGUCUACUCACACCAUCGUCAUCAUCGGCGCGUCCUUCGCUGGACUCAGUGUUGCCCAUGGCCUCCUGAAGACCGUCCUUCCACAAGUGUCCACUGGUGAGAAAAAAGCCUACAAGAUCGUUCAGAUUUCCCCCAGCGACGAAUUCUACUGGAAGAUUGGGGCCCCUCGACUCAUCGGAAACCCGAAAUCUUUGCCGCUCGACAAAGCCCUCAUCCCCAUUCCUCCCGGGUUCAAGGCCUACUCGAAAGAGCAAUACCAGUUCAUUAAAGCUUAUGUCACCUCGAUUGACCCUUCGAGCCGGACUGUUCACACCAGCACCUCGGACGCCAUCCACUACGAUUCCCUCGUUAUUGCCUCCGGUACCAGCUUUGCAAGCAACCUGUGGUCCAUCUCAGACGGCUCUGAGUCUCUGAAGGCCGCCAUCAGCGAGAUUCACAAGAAAAUCCCCAGUGCAGAAUCCAUCCUGAUCGCUGGUGGAGGUGCUGCGGGUGUAGAGACCGCCGGCGAGUUGGGGGAAGUGUACGGAAGGAAGAAGGAAAUCACCAUUUUGUCUGGAACUACCUCGCUGCUCUCCAGACUCCACAACAAGAAGAUGGGCCAAGAUGCCCAGUCUCGGCUCGAGAAGAUGGGCGUCAAGGUUAUCAACGACAAUGUUCGAGUUGUCGAGCACACCACGGAAGGGGGAAAGGAGGUGUUGAAGUUGAGCAACGGAGAAACCAAAACUGUCGAUGUCUAUAUCGAGGCCACUGGUGACAAGCCAAACAGCAAGUUUGUUCCUCAGGAGUGGUUGGAUGACAAGCAAAGGGUCAAGACCGACCCCCACACACUCCGUCUGGAUGUUCCCGGUGUCACUGGCGUUUACUGCAUCGGAACCGUCGCGAGCUACUCGGAUGGCUCCAUCCUCGACGUCAAAUUCGCCGCACCAGCACUCUUGGAAAGCAUCAAGUUGGAUCUUCAAGGCAAAGGUGGUCCUCGCACCAGCAAAAUCUACAAGAAAAUCACCAGCGACAUGCAAUUCGUUCCUAUUGGCUCUCAAGGAGGCGUUGGUAUCGCCUUCGGCUUCAAGCUCCCCAGCUUCCUGGUCAAGAUGGCGAAAGCUAAGGACUUCAUGAUUGGCCAGGCUCCCAAGACUGUUGAUGGCACUGCUUGA